GUUUUUGUUUCAGAAACGGGUGAUUUGAGCCUGGCUUGCGCUGGGCUCUUCUUGCCACCCUCCCGCUGGCCGUUCUCAACUCUUUUUAUCCCCGAACAAAUUACGCCCUCUGGCCAGGACGGGAGUACACAACUGAACCUCUUAUUCGAAAUCUGAGAGAUUGGUAAGAUAGAAUCGACAGGUUGUAUGUCACCGUUCGGGAGGUGUAUGAGGAGGUGUGACUUAAUUCGACCAAAGUUAGCGGAACUGUCUAGACCUAUCCCCGGCAAGUAGUCCCGAGGGAAGUAUUUAAAGGUGUGGUAUAUAUAUAUAUAUAGCCUCUUACCGAAUGCUUCCGUCCCUUUAUGCCGUUGCGAUAUUGCGAACUAAAAGAUGGGGGGAAGGGAGGGGCCUGAUCUGAUGCCUGCGAUCUAUUUACGCUAGGGUUGGUGCGGAGUAAACAAAACAGGUUUUGAGAGCAACGGAGAGGAAUUCAAUAGCAACGUGGUGGGAGGAGAUAUUUAGACAGGCGAUUCCAAAUCCCGGACGAUGAUAAUAAUGAAUGAUAUCUAAUACGAGAUAUUUAAGUAGGCUAGGGUUUGGUAGUGUAAAUAGUUGGGGUUUGGUUUUUCGAUCGGCUUUGUUUUCAAGAAGUUCGAACUAUUCCGCGACUAUUCUCGCCAACCCGCUGCUGACGCUUGAAAGGAUGGGGGGAUGAAGCGGGGUGGGGUUGGACCAAAGAAAAAAAUAAAGUAAAAGGUAAAACUCAAACUUCAGAUGGGACGAUUGGCGAUUUGCGAUGGUUGAAGUUCGAGGAUGAGAUGAGGAUUGAUGAGGAUGAGGUUGAUUGAUAUUGAUGAUGAUAUCAGAGGUUCUGGGCGGCGAGGGAAAAGUCGGAGCCGGCGCUGGGGAACCUCGGAGCUUAUCGGGUGCGGCAUUCCUACGGGCCAUACAUGUAUAUUAUGUAUAUGUAUGUAUAUUUUGUAGCAUCACUGUUUGAUAUUUAUAUAAAUAUUUGGACAUCCUAUAACUAUCAUUUUAUACAGUGUCAUAUAUUCUCUUGUCUCCUCUCCUAGCUAUAUGUCCUAUUGUUGUCGUCGUCUCCCGCUGGUUGCGCUGGCGCCAUGGCGGCUGAAAUUGACCUCCCUGCGCUACCUGUGUGCUCUGACACAUGUCUCUAGAUAUAUAAAGUGAUAUUAUUUGAUGACAGUGCUUGAAAAUCAGGCUGAGGGUUGGCAACAGCUGAAUGGGUGGAGGAAAUCAGUUAAAGGGCUUAUUAGGAACAGGGGCCGCGAUGUAGUUGAGGAAAGUAUGCAGCAAAAGAAGCAGUCCGUCCAAUACGGGAGUCAUUAAAAAUGUCUCUUGCACUUAGAAGAAGAAUCAAGGAUUUGUCUUCAUGUAUGUUCAUCUUUACGAAUGGGAGUUUAAAGCGACUUGCUGUGUAACUAUCGGUCUGGUGUGCCAGCCUUGAAUUAAAUGGGAAGAAGCGAGGGUAUUUGUCAUAGCCUUGCCGGCUUCUAGCCCACGGUCAUCCUGCGAUAUCUACUGGUAGUUGAAGUAGCGAUAAUGAUCCAGAUGUACCCACGAUGGUGGCUCUAUUUCACAAGGCGAUAUAUUUAAUCAAAUGCUCUCGGGAGGACGGGAAAACGGCACGCUGUUCUCUGCACGAGGCUUACACACGGCUAUUCCUCCUCCCACGUCUGCCCUAGCCAGUCGGUUUCCUUGUAGGAAGCUGUCGCACACCAGGGCUGGUCUUGCGGGGUAUAUGGACUCAGAGGCAGAUCGUACGGCAUACGCAACCCCACAAAUGUAGUAGUAGUAGUAGUAGUCGUUGACGAGCCGCUGUCCUUGUCUACUCUGACUUCAGGCAUAUCCUGCUUAAAGCAAGGCCAGACUAUCACGCCUAUUUCCCAACUACAUAUCCGUAUCUCUUUCUUCCCAUUCGCUGCAGCGCCCCAGGCUUGCAGCGAAAGGUUUGCAGAACUCACCAUUGCCCAGUCGAUGGUGGUCAGGUCUGCAUCUGAGAAACGGAUGUAUGUUUUUAUAUGCGGUGCUGCUCGGCGACGUCCUGCUUGCCGAAUUGGCUGGCCAUUUUUGUCGAUGGUAGCGUGUUUUUGACUGGAUUCACUGGCGUCCUUGCCCCGUUCUCGCCUGGCGUUGGUAUUGGUUGAGCCCUGUCCGGAGAUAUCACUGCCAUCGCUGGCAUCACCAUCGCCUGCCCAGCGACAUAGAUAUGGGCGCAAGUACUCAAGUUGCUUUCGCUGUGCGGAGCUCUGGAGUUUCAUAUGGAUAGAUCCGCCGGAUGCGUAGCCAUUCAACGAUCUGCGGAUUUCAUCUGGGGUGGGAAAUAUAAUUGAGAAUUUGGCAGGCGGGUUUGUCUUGGGUUUGAAUAAACCCGAGGAGCUAGACCGCGAUGGCGAUGGAGAGAGUGCAGCGAAGAAUGUCUCUUUUAGCCACUUGUCGGUUUGACCUAGUGUUGCCACUGAAGAUAUCUGGUGAUUUUGUGUGCGUGAGUAGGGUACUCCUAGAAGCGAGGCCUUCCGACCCUAGCAUUGAGCAUGAUCGUUUCUCACCUGUAUGACUAUUUGGGGUCUAUUCCCUGUAGUAUUGGUCCCCUUGUUAAGUGGGAUUUGUUGUAUUGCAUCCUUGAGUGCAGGCCAGCCCCAGAGCGUAUGUUUUUCCGAAUCUAGUUCGUCAAUUGCUUGCCUUGAGGGAACACUGGCUACCAGCCCAGCUCGAACGGUGCUAAAAUCGUACUUUUCAAGUUGGUCGACGAGAGGGCCAGUCUUUUUACGGCCAUAAGCCUCGAGAUACGCUAUCAAAUCUCUCUUGAAUCGAAUUCCUGACCCGAACCUGUUCGAAGCGGUAGAACCUGGCCCAUGUUCCAUUUCAGGACACAUGGGAAGUAGCGGAGAUCGCCAAACUGCUUGACACAUAUUCGCCCAAUCUCCAGCAAUCAUGUUGGCCGUGUGAAUAACAACCCUGUAUAGAUAUUAGUGUCACUGUAGAUAGCUUUUUUGAGCUAAGUGUGCUUACUGAACUUGGUCGUCAUGCCUGAUAAGGAUCAUCAUUUUCGAAUGAUGUGUCCCAAAUGGUUCUGGCAUAUAAGCGACUAUUGGCUCGACGUUGGGAUACCGGCGGCAACUUUCCUGCAUACGAGUUAGCACAGCUAAACAGCUGAAUUAUAUGCUCUGGAUGUCUAAUGCAUUGAGGGAAGUUGUGGAGCAGGAGACUUCUUCCCAGAAAGGAUGUAGGAGAGUUAACUGACAUCGAUAUGAAUUCGAUUGGGAGACUCCCGUUUCCAAGAGCCAUGUACGAUUUUCACAUUUACCAAAUUCCGCACAUCUUCAUCAAACUGGCUCAUCAGAAAAUCGACGUCAAACAUGUAGUUGAACUGCCAACUUUCUUUGAUGAGAGGGUCCCCGAGAAUAUCCCGCAACCUGACAGCAUCCGCAUUGUUCCCUGAUGAUGCAGAGAAAUCGCGGAUAUGUGUGAGCUGGAUUGGAGAUGGGAUGUUCUUUGGUGUUGAAGGAGCUUUUCCUUGCGGUUUAUUUGGACUGGAUGUCCUAGGCUGCCCUGAAGGCUGCCGCCGUAAAGGGGGUGUGAUGGGUCUGUUGAGGGAUGCCAACGUGCUAACAUCUUGUAAAGGGGUAUCGUAGCCCUCUUCUUGCAAAGUUUCAUGAGAGCUCUUAAACCUCUUUGAAGGGCGUCCGCUAUCCGUCAUAGUUACCGGAUAUCCUCGAGAUACAGCUGAAGCAGAUCGUCUUCCAUGCAGUGUAUAAAAAAAUAAAAAGAUGUGAUCCUGGGUUUUCGAAACUUUUCUAUAUAGAUUGACCAUCAAUCAAUUCAAGAGUUGGGUUUUGCGGCAGCCCCAACACCGAACUCCCGCAGGGAAGAUCUAAGCCAACAAAUGAGAUUUGUAAAUAAUAACUUUCUAGCCAUCUAUCUGCUGGAAGAGCUGCUAAACACCGCUGAGCUGGCGGGCUGUGGGCACUUGGGAUGAUUUUUCAGAUGGCUUUUUUUUCAGUGGGUUUUCGAGCAAUAAGGUGUAAUUAACCCGAGCUGCUCCAAAUAGCGGUUCUCAAGAUUGAUUUGGGCAAAAAUAGUCCGCGCAGAGUGAGGAAGUAGAAAAAAGAUACGUACACAUUUGAUGUAGGCGACAGUUUGACGUUUGGUCACGUGAAUUGCUGGCUACCUUAAAAGUCACUCGCAAGAACGUUCCCAUUCUACUAACUAACUUACCUAUUAUCAAAUACAUCAUUCGUUUAGUAACUGGCACAGGAAUAAACUGACAUAUUAAGCUUCUUGUGUAUUGGUCUCGGUUUGCUACUGCUAACAUGAGUUUGCAGUGGUGAUAACCUGCCCGGCGUUAGGAUUGUAGGGGUCAAAUUCAGAACAUAACUAGUUGCUUAAGUCUACGCUUGCCCUAUGAUGAAUAUUGCUCUGCCGGACACCCAUCAAUAGAGCACGACAGGGAAUCAUGGCAAGCCCAGCACCCUCCCCAAGUGCCAUUCAGCGAAGAGUGUGGGAUGGCCGUAUUCCCCUUGAGAUAGGGCUGUCGCCGGCUGAAUGCAGGACCUAUGAUAAGGCAGACCCAUAUCUUAUAUGUUAUCCUCGUGUAUCAUAUCUGCCCUUCUUACUCCCAAGGCUACGUGCUUUCUUUUCUGCUCUCUUGAUUGACAUUGAUGCCCAACCUCACCAGGGUUGGUUUUCCUUUGAAGGAGUGCCGCUGAAAUGGCACUACCCCCUCGGACUCCUCUAUGAUCUAUAUUCGGGAGCAGACCCAGUGACCUCCAAAUCCACUGUUGUGGAGGACGCUCCGCGGGCAACAUCUCCACGAGAACCAGAUGACGCCGCUCUCGACAAUGUGCACGAUCGCGGUGAGCCAAUACCUUGGCGGUUGCAGGUUCAUUUUAGCGACUGGCCGGACCAGGAGCUUGUUCGUCUCGAUGCCGACGGAAGGGUGAUGCAUGAUGCAUUCAUUAAUAGUGUCAAGGAGGCCGAUUUUGUGCGGAAUGGAACUGCGAAGGGUAUCAUGACGUUGUCUAAGGAGGAUUCAUCAGGAUUAUGGCAAGCUGUCCAAGACCACGACUUCACAAACUUCCACCGCAUCUCCAACAUCCUCAUCCCGAGCCCACCCGCUCAAUUCCGAAACAUCCCCUUAAGAAUCUUCCUCCCAUCUCCACCGAACGCCGCCACCCCCUCCCUGAAAGUAAUCCAGUCUCUAUUCCCACCAACGUUUGUUCCGCCCGCACCCGGCCAAACCCAAACUGGAGCACCGGCACGGCAUACCCAGCCACAGCCGCAGACUAUCGGAUCGAGUCUGAAUGCUCUUCUCCCUAGCCUCUUCCCGAGCAAACGGGUCCCCGUCCUGGCGAAGCCUGUGCUUCAGGGUGCGGUGGUUCCCAUGACCGCACCGCUUGAAGAGGUUGUGCGUGUGGCGGGGUAUGCGGAUGGGUGGUUAGCCAUUGUAGUGUCCAUGGUGGGAUGACCGGAUAGGACCCGCCAGAGGCAUAUAUAUUCAUGCUCCGGCUUUGGUUUUUAAAAUUUGGCGUCUAGCUCGCGGGAGAGCGAGAGUCUAAGAUUUUUUUUUUAUUUUUUUAUUUUUUUUUGGAUUUUAGUUAGAACAUUUGCAUAGUGAGGAGAGGGAGGUUGUGGGGCUGGAGGGCUUUCUACCUUCCACAUGGGGAAUACGAUCAUGGUAUCGACGCUGAUGUGGAACCUGGGAUUUUUUUUUUUUUUUUUUUUUUUUU